UUUGCUCAGUUUGUAUACAAUCUUGACACGCUUAUCUGGCCAAGAAUCCAUGGUAUACGUAUAUGCCAACAGCAUUAAGUUUCUGGCACUGGUUAGUUCUACCCAUGAACCAGUUAGCUACAGUCAGUAUAUCCAGGGAGUUGCUGUAGUGGUACAGUAUCCGGCAUUGUGUCUUGUGAUUAUAAGAUGAAGAGGCGGUCUACAGUCCAGUUUUUCUAAUAUUCCUACCUGGGAUUUAUCAGUGUUUCAAGUUUAAAACACGAGAACAAAGAAGAUAUAGGCCUAAUAAAAUCAAGAUCGGGAACGAUGGUGGUUUACAUUUCGAUGCAUUACUGAUUGCUUGUGCUAUCAUUAUGUACUCUUUGCGAUUACGUCAUCGGUAUCUGCUGCUGAUCCUUGCAUUGACAGCAGGUAUUGCCUUUGUUAUUCGCUUCCAGGUACCAGUGUCUAACUACACAUACCUAUAUCCAAAGGAAUUUGAGGAAGGCUCGCCAACAGAAAUCAUUGAUGGACAAUUCACGCAUUUUCUAAAAGCCGACAGUUUUCAAAAAUCUCCAGAAGAACUGACGCGUUCAACAAACGUCAUUUUAUUGGCGUCGUGGAGAUCAGGGUCAUCACUUACUGGUCAAUUCUUUAACCAGCAUGAAGAAGUAUUCUACCUAUUUGAACCACUGAAAUUCCUUGGUGUUCAACGAGUGGAUCAGCAAAAAGCUGCCACGGCACUGAAACAUAUGUUUCGCUGUGAGUUUGACAACAUGCACCACUGGGCCGAACGAACUAGUGCAGAUAUUUUGCAUAGGAUCUCUAGCAAAAGCCUUAUUUCCCCGACUUUAUGCCCUUCUAUUAACACAGAUUCUAUCGGACCUGCUUCAGAGAACCGAUGGAUGAUCAAAAAAUGUCCGCCGCUAGUCGGUAAGAAAGUGUCAGAAAUAUGCCGUUCGUACAGACAUAAGUUCAUAAAAGUGAUCCGAAUCGCGAACGUGACGUCAUUAGAGGAGCUAUUAAAGGACACGUCACUGAAUGUAAAGAUCAUACAUCUUGUACGUGAUCCAAGAGCGCUCUAUUACUCGCGCCUGGAUGCUAAUAAGAAUCGACCACCAGAUCGUUCAAUGAAAUUGUAUGAUAUUGUGUACACGUGCAAGUCGACGGAUGGCAUCAUGCAAUUGGCAGAGAUGUCACCAACGUGGAUGAAAGGGAAGUACCACAUUGUCAGGUACGAAGAUAUUGCAAUGCAACCUCUCAAAGCAGCUCAGGAAAUGUACAAAUUCAUGGGACUGUCCAUGACUCCAAGUGUCAGGCGAUGGAUUCUGAAUAACACAGCUAGUGAUCAUGUUAUACAAUCGACUAGAGAUCGUUUGUAUGGGCUGCAGAAGAAUUCAACAGCUGUAGCUCAUGCCUGGCGUUACAGAGCACCUUUUUCAGCAGUUGAUGUUGUACAGGAAGCGUGUAAAGCCAUGAUGGCCAAAGCCGGAUAUAUUGAAGCAAAAACCAAACGACAACUACGGGAUCCAAAAUAUAAACUUAUUGCCAAAUUAUGAAAAUAAAAGUUGGAUAAUAAAGUCACAUAUUAUUAUGAUAUAGGCCGCCUAUAAUGUGAUGUUUGAUGUCAUUAAAUGAGAACUAAAAAACUGGCGGAGUGCGGUUGGGUUGGUCGUCCUAAUGCGGUGGUCAUUAGGUGUGGAUUGGACUACUCAAAAGCAGUGAUUUGAGACCUAUGUUGCAGAUAUGUGUGUUACCAGUAAAAAUUACUUAUAAAAUUCUUAAUAUUAUCAUAUCGUUGUCAUUCCAUAACUACCGAUGCAUGGUUGGCGGGGGGGGGGGUAGGGGUGAGGACUUUACUCUAAUGAUGUGUAGUGACAAUCAUAGGCCUACCCUACUUUAUUUAAACAAUGCAUAUUGAGGUACGGACGUAACUUUAUUGUGGUUCCAGAUUGAUUCACUGAAAUGUAAAACAGAAAAUGUUUAAUUUAAAAGCUAUUUUAUACCUUUCCACAUUUGAAUUCGUUCUAAAAUGAUUUAUUAUCAUAGAGGCAGAUUAAUAUAUUAUCAUAUUAUAGUAACUAAAUUGUUUCCUAAAUGUCUUGCUCAUAAAAUAGAACCAAUAUCUGAAGAUAUCAUUUAUUGUUGUAUGUUAGGCCAAACAUUUAUCGUCAUAGAGAUAUGCAGAUCUAUUCAUCAUCUAUAAAGUAUAGACUGGAAAUUUUGCUCUAUAGAUUAAAACAGACCUUACACUCCCUUCAAACAAAGUUAAUAUCAAUAGUUUUAUUGGCUGCAGAAACAUGUUGAUCUUGAUGCAAUACAGUUACACGUAGGCCUAUGCCUUGUUUUAAUUUAAGCCUACUUAAUUCAAACACGCACAAUAUACUUAGGAGUGAUGUUUUGCCCUACCCGAAUCACUUGCCAAUAAUAAUAAUAAUAAUAAUAAUAAUAAUAAUAAUAAUAAUAAUAAUAAUGAUAAUAAUAAUAAUAAUAAUAAUUUGCAAUUUGUAUAGCGCCUCCUGUUGGACCAACCUCGAGGCGCUUGACAACAACGGAAAGAAACGGACAAGAAAAAAGAAACGGACAAGAAAAAAAAAACCAUGAUCCUAGACUAACACGUCAGGUAGGGCAAAACAUCACUCCUAUGAUAUUUUGAGGACGCAAAUUCAUCCUUAUCGCACAAUACUUGUUAAUAAAUAUAACGCCCAAAAUGCAAACGAGUGAAUUUUACUGUAUAAGACGUACGCCUACAGAGAUUACGCUUAUUUCACAAUAUUUCUCGAGUGAAUUUUCACUCGUAAAAGAGUGAACUUUAUUCUUGAAAUAAUGAAAUGAAACUGUAAAAUUGAUCUGAAUAGAGUAACAUUUCACUUAUUUUUCUCUAUACUUUACUGGAGUUUAAUUUUAUUGUGUUGUGAAUUAAAUAAGUUUAUUCAACUACAGUAAAUGUACAUUAUGGCUGCAAUAAAAAAAAAUUCGAGUUUCA